AUGGCGAAAGGAACAGUGAAAACCCAGAAGGAUCCUUCAAACAAUAACAGUACUGCAACUAAAGUGAAAAGAAGAAGGAAGAGUGGACCAAGAGAAUCUCCUCCUCAAAGAAGCUCAACUUUCAGAGGAGUCACCAGGCAUAGAUGGACUGGUAGAUAUGAAGCUCAUUUAUGGGAUAAGAAUAGCUGGAAUGAUUCUCAAACCAAGAAAGGAAGACAAGUCUAUCUUGGAGCUUAUGAUGAUGAAGAAGCAGCAGCACGUGCAUAUGAUUUGGCAGCAUUGAAGUACUGGGGAGAAGAUACCAUACUUAACUUUCCGUUAUCUACGUAUCAAGAAGAGAUUAAAGAGAUGGAGGGCUUGUCUAGAGAAGAGUAUAUUGGAUCAUUGAGGAGGAAAAGUAGUGGAUUUUCUCGAGGUGUCUCAAAAUAUAGAGGUGUUGCAAGACAUCACCACAAUGGCAGAUGGGAAGCUCGGAUUGGUAGAGUUUUUGGCAACAAGUACCUCUAUCUUGGAACAUAUGCCACCCAAGAAGAAGCAGCUACCGCAUACGACAUGGCAGCAAUCGAAUACCGUGGGCUUAACGCCGUUACCAACUUUGACCUCAGCCGUUACGUCAAAUAUCUUCGGCCAGACCAGAAUACCAAACCAUCUCCUGUGGACCCCACCAAUCCUAAUUAUAAUCCUAACCCAAAUUAUACCCUUAAUCAAGAGGAAGUCUCAAGUUUCCUACACCAGGAAAGCCCAGACGCUGCCGGUGGCGAAACUGUCGUCACUCCGCCACCUCCGGCGGAUAGCGGUGGUGGCGCGGCCACCGAUUCUUUUGACGUUGGGGAUCUAUUGCUCGAGAGGUCAUCGAUGGCCGAAAGCCCUUCGACGACGCAAGAAUCCGACCCUCCACGGUGUACCUUCCCGGAAGACGUACAGACUUACUUUGAUUAUCAAGAUUCCGGCAGUUUUGGUUUCGCCGCCGACGACGAUAUGUUCUUCGGCGUUGAUCUGAGCUCUUUUGUGUCACAAUUCGUAGAGUGUGAGAUGGACGGUGGAGAUAAUAUCUUUAGGUGAAAGAGAG